AUUCUGUGCCUUCUCACGUGAAACUCUAUAUAUCUCUUUCCUUUUACGACCAUUUUGAAAACUUUAGCAUUCUCUCAAUUGCAUUAUAUCUACCCACCCUAACCAAAGAACAACCUUGGAGCUUCAAAAACAUGAGUAUUGAUGCUCUUUCCUCCAAUGACUUGUUCAACUUAAUCAUCUACGACGCCAUCUCUCCGACGCCGAACACUUCCCACGGAGUAUGCGACUCGUCGGAGACUACUUUUUUCUCCAACCAAAAGGGUUUGAAGCAUCAAGAUCACCACCAACAUGGCACGUUGGAACACCGGCCGAAACCCAAUUUGGCGAGAAAACGCCACCCGAACGAGGCGGAAAGUAGCAACUGGGGGGCGGUCGGGUUGCAGCAAGGGAAGAGGAAAAGAAAGAGAAAACCAAAAGCUUGUAAGAACAAAGAAGAAGCUGAAACACAAAGAAUGACACACAUUGCUGUUGAAAGGAACCGACGUAAGCUGAUGAGUGAGCAUCUCUCAGUGUUACGUUCCCUCAUGCCUGAAUCCUAUGUUCAAAGGGGUGACCAAGCAUCCAUAGUAGGAGGAGCAGUGGAGUUUGUGAAGGAAUUGGAGCAUGUCCUAUCAACACUUGAAGCCAAGAAGCUGCAAAUUUUGCACCAAGAAAUAGAAGAAAAACAAGAGAAUUAUAAGAAUGAAGAUUCAGUGAGAAGGAAGUUGUUUUCAGAUAGUAACAGCUCUCAGUACUCAGCCAAAUCCAAGGCUUCUUCAGCUGACAUUGAAGUCACUUUGAUUGAAACUCAUGCGAAUCUCAGAAUCCUUUCAAUAAGAACACAUAGACAGCUGUUGAAGCUCAUUGCUGGCUUGCAGGCUCUUCGUCUCACUAUUCUUCAUCUCAAUGUCACUGACUUUCAUCCAUUGGUUCUUUACUCUAUUAGCCUUAAGGUGGAAGAAGGGUGUCAACUGAGAUCAGUGGAUGACAUAGCAGCGGCAGCACAUCAAAUGGUUAGAAUAAUUGAGGAAGAAGGUGUUUUGUGUUAAAUGUAAACAAAAAGCUUUGAGAUUUGAAUGGGAAUCAUCCAUUAAAAUGCCAAGUUCUGUGUGUGUGUGCGUGAGUGUGCAUGUGGGUUGGUUUGGUGUGAUUUGUAAAUUAAUAUAUUGUUUUGUAGCUAUCAAGGGUUUGUCUUGUUUGCUUUA